AUGGUAGAACAAGCAAAAGCUCUCCUUGAAUGGAAAUCCAGUCUCUCCAACCAAGCCAAGUCUAUUCUCCCUUCUUGGGGACAAUCUGUUCCUAGUAACUACAAUGUCACAAUUUCUUCUUCUCUAUUCAAUCCAUGCAAUUGGACAGGAAUUGCUUGCAACAUGGAUGGAAGCAUCACUAAAAUAAGCCUUCCAAACAUGGGUUUGAAAGGUACACUACUCAACUUCAGCUUCUCUUCCUUCCUGGGUCUUUCCCAUCUUAAUCUCUCCAAUAAUAGCCUCUUUGGUACUAUUCCUUCCCACAUCAGUGAACUUCCCAAGCUCGCCUACCUUGAUUUGUCUAUGAACCAGUUUUCCGGAGGUAUCCCACAAGAAAUCAGCUUCCUUGAAACUCUCCAAAUUUUGUAUCUCCACCAAAAUCACUUGAAUGGUUCCAUCCCAGCAUCAGUGGGCAAUUUGAGUAACAUGACUGUUCUUUACCUGUAUCAAAAUCACUUUUCUGGUCCUAUUCCUCCAGAAAUAGGAAACUUGACAAAUCUUCAAGAUCUCAAUUUGUGUACUAACCAUCUAACAGGGUCCAUUCCUUCAGCUUUGGAAAACAUGACCAUGCUCACCAGCUUGGAUCUGUCUAAAAAUUCCUUAUCAGGUUCCAUUCCAGCAUUUCUGUGUAGCUUAAGCAACCUGACAAGACUAUUCCUUAAUAGAAAUGAGCUAUCUGGUCCCAUUCCUCAACAAAUAGGAAAUUUGAAAAAUCUUGUUAGGCUAAAACUGUCAAAUAACCAUCUAUCAGGUUCCGUUCCUCAUGAAUUAGGCAAUCUCACAAAGUUGGUUUCAGUACAUCUGUAUUUAAACAAUUUGUCUGGUCAUUUUCCGCCACAUAUAUGCAAGGGUGGAUUACUUCGCAGAUUUAUAGUACAUACCAAUCAUUUUAGAGGACCCAUUCCAGAAAGCUUGAGAAAUUGCACAAGCUUGGUCAGAGUUCGACUUGAAAACAACGAAUUCAGUUCAAAUGUUUCAGAGGCUUUUGGCGUGUAA